AUGGGCCCCCGAAACAUCCGCUCGGUGGAUUCCGCCGAGCAUCAAAGCUCAUUUAGCCGAUCCUUUACAUCCAGCUCGCCCAUCGCCGCUUUCGCAAUUGCACGGGAUCUUGCAGACUACAGCGAUGAGGAUCAAACACCUACCGAUGAAGCUUCUGACACCUCAACGGCCCGUCCACCCGCCAGCUAUACCAACACCAACCCCCACUCUUUAGCUGGUUCAUACCGCCGCCCCGGUCACUUCACAUCUGUCAGUCAUGCGACUAUAAUUCCGUGGACCGGGGAACAGCAAGCUCUAUCUCAAAGUGAGCGUGAGCAAGUCAUUGAAGAAGAACGGAAUCUACUCAGUGAUAAUCAUGUUAUCGCACCCGAGCAUGCGUAUGGCAAGUCCAACGGGCUACAGCACAAGAUGAGCGGCCUGCUAUCCGCUGCUGUCAGCCAAGGAUCCUCGUCUCGACGACCAAGUGCAUCUUCUCGACGUUCUAGAAGCAGGGAUCCUGAGACAGACGCGGCAAGCGAAGUCACUGCUCUGCUAGGAGAGAGGCCUGCUGAUGCAGAGGGCAGUGAAUUGGGCUUGGAAGAGAUUGAUCGGAGGUGGGAAGAAGCUGUCGCAGCUGGUCUGAUCCAGACGACGUGGCAGCGCGAAGCAAAGGUCAUUAUGAAAUAUUCUCUGCCGCUUAUGGUCACUUUCUUGCUGCAGUAUUCCCUGACCGUGGCUAGUAUCUUUACUAUUGGCCAUCUAGGAAAGGAGGAGCUUGGAGCUGUCAGUCUUGCGAGUAUGACUGUGACAAUUACCGGGAAUGCAGUGUACUCGGGUCUGGCGACGAGUCUGGAUACGCUUUGCGCGCAGGCCUAUGGCUCUGGGAAGAGAAAGCUGGUGGGCCUGCAAAUGUUGCGUAUGGUGUACUUCCUUUGGCUUAUCACCAUUCCAAUUAUGUUUCUCUGGUAUUUCUCCGAGCAUAUCCUUGUCAAGAUUAUACCAGAGAAAGAGGUCGCUGAGAUGGCGGGUCUGUAUUUGAAGAUUGCUCUCUUGGGAACCCCAGGAUUUGCUCUCUUCGAAAGUGGUAAGCGAUAUCUCCAGGCCCAGGGUGUUUUUUCUGCCUCCCUGUAUGUCCUCAUUGUCUGCGCGCCACUGAAUGCUUUCAUGAAUUGGUUCUUCGUCUGGAAACUUCAAUGGGGCUUCAUUGGUGCUCCGAUAGCCGUCGUAAUCACAGAAAAUCUCCUUCCACUCUGCCUGUUCAUCUAUGUUUAUUUCUUUGUGGGAUCCGAGUGUUGGUGCGGAUUUAACAAACGAGCAUUCCAGAACUGGGGCCCAAUGAUCCGUCUCGCACUCCCAGGGCUGAUCAUGGUCGAGGCAGAGUGUCUGGCAUUCGAAAUUUUGACGUUGGGUUCAAGCUACCUCGGCACGUCCGCACUCGCAGCGCAAUCAAUUCUCGCAACAAUCGCCAGCAUUACGUGGCAGAUCCCGUUUCCCCUUUCUAUUGCAGGCAGCACGCGGAUAGCAAAUCUGAUCGGAGCUACCUUGGUCGACGCCGCGAAGAUCUCCGCGAAAGUGAGUUUAUGCGGAGCAGCCAUCGUUGGCGUGUUCAACAUGGUUCUUCUCUCAUCUUUGCGUUCGUAUAUCCCCAGAUUAUUCAGCUCCGAUCCCGAGGUUGUCGAAAUUGUAGCGCAGGUGCUUCCGCUCUGCGCAGCUUUCCAGCUCUUCGAUGCUGUCGCGGCAAACUGCAACGGUAUUCUCCGUGGUCUGGGCCGCCAGGAAGUAGGCGGCUACAUCCAACUAUUUUGCUACUAUGCGAUUGCCAUGCCUCUUAGUAUGGGAACGACGUUUGCUUUAGAUUGGGGUGUCAUGGGCUUAUGGACUGGGGUUGCUCUUGCACUUGGCCUUGUUUCCCUUAUCGAGGGCAUCUUUAUCAGUCGGGCCAAUUGGAAUCGUUCUGUCCAGGACGCUAUAGCAAGGAAUGAGCAGACUUGA